AUGGCGGCUCUCAGCAGUGUCCGCUGGCUGACCCGACGGCCCCGGUCGCAGGCCCAGGACCUGAAGGUGGAGGGCGCCUUUCCUGUGACCAUGGUGCCCGGAGACGGCGUGGGGCCCGAGCUGAUGCACGCGGUCAAGGAGGUGUUCAAGGCUGCCAGCGUCCCCGUGGAGUUUCAGGAGCAUUACCUGAGCGAGGUGCAGAAUAUGGCGUCGGAGGAGAAGCUGGAGCAAGUUCUGAGCUCCAUGAAGGAGAACAAGGUGGCCCUCAUUGGAAAGAUCCACACCCCGAUGGAAUAUAAAGGGGAUCUAGCCUCCUAUGAUAUGCGACUGAGGCGUAAGUUGGACUUGUUUGCCAAUGUAGUCCAUGUGAAGUCACUUUCUGGGUACAAGACUCGACACAACAAUCUAGAUCUGGUGAUCAUUCGAGAGCAGACAGAAGGGGAGUACAGCUCUCUGGAACAUGAGAGUGCAAAGGGCGUGAUUGAGUGCUUGAAGAUUAUCACGCGAACCAAAUCUCAACGGAUUGCAAAAUUCGCUUUUGACUAUGCCACUAAGAAGGGGCGGAACAAGGUUACGGCUGUCCACAAGGCCAACAUCAUGAAACUUGGGGAUGGGUUGUUUCUGCAGUGCUGUGAGGAAAUUGCUGAACUGUACCCCAAAAUCAAGUUUGAUACAAUGAUCAUAGACAACUGUUGCAUGCAGCUGGUGCAGAAUCCUUACCAGUUUGAUGUGCUGGUGAUGCCCAAUCUCUAUGGGAACAUUAUUGACAAUCUGGCUGCUGGCCUGGUUGGGGGAGCUGGUGUGGUACCUGGUGAGAGCUACAGUGCAGAGUAUGCAGUCUUUGAGAUGGGUGCCCGGCACCCAUUUGCCCAGGCAGUGGGUAGAAAUAUAGCCAACCCCACAGCCAUGCUUCUGUCAGCUUCCAACAUGCUGCGACACCUCAAUCUGGAAUAUCACUCCAACAUGAUUGCAGAUGCAGUGAAGAAGGUGAUCAAGGUUGGCAAGGUGCGGACACGAGACAUGGGCGGCUACAGCACCACAACCGACUUCAUCCAGUCUGUCAUCGGCCACCUGCACCCCUAUGGGGGCUAGAGCCCCCUUAUUCCCUUCAACCUCACGAGGACCAUACCACCCACAUCUCCCUUCAGUGCAGUGGACCAGAGAAGAGCCCUUAAACCAUAAUCACCUGGGCAGAGCCUAGGUUGUCCUGGGGCUGGCUUCCUUAGGGAAACCUAUAAUGGGGGGAGGGUAGGGAUGGGCCCAGGUCACAGGGGUGAUGACGAUUCUCCCCCACAGGUUCGAACUCCUGACAUGGGUGGCUAUGCCACCUGCCGAGACUUCACUGAGGCUGUCAUUGAUGCCCUGCCCCAAGCACAACCAUAUAAAGGUGUCAAAUAAAACAUAAA